GAGGUAAGUCUUAACAUUAGUUACCAUAGUUUCUGAUUGACAUACCAUGCAAUGACUGGAUAUGAACCUCUUAUUUCUUUUCAUGGCUCCUUGCUAACCCUGGCCCUUCUAAGUCCAAGGCUCCAGCCAAGAAAACUGCAAGAAAACCAUGCAAGAAGAAAAGUAUCGAGUCAGAGGAGGAGGAAGAAAAGGGUGUCUCAGGUGAAGAAAACAAGGUGGCUGGUUCUAAAUUUUACCUUCCCAGACAUGGACGACAGCAGCCUUAGCCCCUACAAUGGGGACCAUGAAGGCAAAGACUCAAAUGCCACAGAUUAUGACUGUAUCAUAUGUUUCGAGACCUGGAAACCAGGGCACUUCAAAGGAAUGUUUUUACCAUGCCGCCAUGACAAUUUUUGUUUCCACUGUGCAUUCAGUGAAAAAAUAAAUAAAGUCAUAUGCCCCCUGUGUCGUAUGCCUAUCGAUACAGUGGACUCUGUUCUGAUUUAGAACAGUUAUAUUGCACUUUCUUUAUUUUUUUAUGACUAUUUGCAUUUGUUUCUAUAAUUGUAUUGUAUUUUCUUGGUACUUUCAUUCUUUGAUUUACUUAACUUUUAGGCAUGGUUUGAGUUAAAAUGCCUUUUAUUUAUAUUUUACUGCUACCAAGUUUGCUUUAUUGGUAUUUUGAUUCUUUGAUUUAGUGAUUCAAAUAUCAAAAAAUUUUAAAGCAUGAGUAAAACUCUGUUUCAAGUAUUUUAAUAAGUACGUAUUCUGUCUGGACCCAAGGUUCCUACCAAGGCAAGUUGUUUUUUGUUUUCUUUCAUUUGCAUUUGUCAUGUAACAGGUUUUUUGAAACCA